AUGUCAGAGGUGAUUUUACAUCUCUGACCUGCUUCUUUUUAAAAAAUAUUAUUAAAUAAUGAAUAUGUCGGCCACUGCAUAAAACCAUUUGAUAACAAAGUGUAAUAACCACAGUCUGUAUAAUUUAAUUGUAUUCUAUAAUAACUCACUAUAAAGCUAAAUAAAUCAAACCACUAAAAAUUGUAAUUAGAAUCUUGAUAGAAUGUUUAAUGACUUUCCCUGUAAGAAGGGAUAUUUCUUAGUUAUUCUAUAAAUCAGAGGAAGCAUGGCUGUAGUCUUGCUUUGGAUGUUCAUGUUGUAGUUAUGCUUCAGGUUUCAUCUUCUCAGGUUUCCUGCUGCCUUUCAACACUCAGAACGACCGACUCUCCUGGAUUCACACGCUCUAAUUAUAGCUGCCCUAACGCGAUCGGGACAUCAGGGGAGACUUUAAACUACUGCGAGGGAACAGGGAGAGAUUUCGUUUUUUUUGUUUAUUUAAUUUCUGCGUCCUAGCACGAUAUAGAGGCUUUUUCCCUUUUGACCAGUGUGAGGGUAAGACUGUUGAGUUUAUGGACUGACCCUGUGGAUUAAUAAAAGUUGGACUGGUUCACAUCGGGGAACAUGGAAUGAGUCAGCGAUCAGACGUCGUUAUGUCAGUGAAGUAGAGUUGUUGCAGAUCUUGUUGAGGAAAGUUCAACAUUCUGUUCAGCUGCCGGCGAUAAGUUGCUCCAACAGAAAUGAUUUGCCGCUCGUCUCUUUUUGUCGUCGUCAGCCUCUUCGUGUCUCAGUGUCACGGCGGCUGUGCGGAGGUGGACUCUCUGACCGAGGCCGUGGCAGGAGACAGUUUCCUGCUGGGCUGCAUCUCCUGUAAGAAGAGAGAGGAGGUGUCUGCCCGAGCCACCGUGGACUGGCACUUCAAACCAGUGGAAGAGGAGGAGUUCAGGCAUAUCUUCCACUAUGACCACCCCAGUGCUGAGAUCCUGCACCAGGAUUUCAGCGAGCGUCUCGAGUGGCACGGGACUCAAAACAGUGAUAUUCAGACAGGAGCCAUUUACCUUCACAACGUCACCUUCAAUGACACGGGGACGUACCGCUGCAGCUUCCACCGCACCCUCUUCCUGGCGAUGUCUGACCAGCAUGUCACCGUGGAGAAGGAUGUGGAGCUCAGUGUGGUGGCUGUGGCCAAUCGGGAGCUGACGUCUGUGAUCACAGAGAUAAUGAUGUAUGUGCUGAUCGUGGUUCUGCAGCUGUGGCUCAUUGUGGUUCUGGUCUACUGCUACAGGAAGAUUACAGCCGAGCAGGAGGCUCGGGAGGCCCGUAAGGCUAACAAGGCGCGACUGUUGGAAUCUAAAGACAGCUGUGACGGGGUGCAGCUGGAGUAACACUGACAGUUGGAAGAUCAUCUCCUCAAGACUUAAGGUUUUGUUUCUGUUCCGUGACGACGAAAACACAGCUGCUGCAAGAGGUUGAUUCCUGGUCGUACUCAUGUCAUACGGGAGAAUUAAACCCUUUUUAAAUAGAUUGUUUUUGAGUACUAUACAAGUGCUAAAAAACGAAUGGUCUUCAGUGACGGAAUCCAACGAAUUACAAUUUGUAUUCUGUAUUUUGGUUCCAUGUCCACAUAACAUGACAUAAACUCCAAAUCAGUUAUCUAAUGGCAAUUGAUGCAUUAUCUCUUGAUAGCAUUUUUUUUUGACUCAUGUAUAAUUACUUGAAAUACUAUGUAUACAAAUACAUACAAAUGUAUAUAAAGAAUAACAGACAUCCUUAUUGAUCUGUUUGUACCGGA